ACACAUGUCAACAAGCAUGGCUGCCUCCUGCUCGCUCAUGUGCUGUAAGGAAGAAACUGAGACCGAAAAAGCAGCUAUAGUUCGCUUUUCAAAUGGCAACGUCAAAAAUGCAGAGAAACUGGCGUUUUCCUUUUACAAGGACACGGAUGAGACCAACCCCAGAAAAAAGCGCAGGAGAAUCCUGGUUGCUGAAACAGACAGAUUAGCAUAUGCUGGACAGAAUUUUGGAACAGCAGAACUGAAGUGCAACAAUCUCUGCAAGUACUAUGUUGGAGUGUUGAACAAAAAGACCAUGACGAUGGAGCUGCACAAUGCCCAGAUAUUCAACAUGUGCCCAGUCAUACCAGGAGAGACGACCCAGACAGAGAAGAACAAGGACGAGACAAGGUCUUACAGAGACAAGGUGGACUCUCUUAUUGAGGCAUUUGGCACCACCAAGCAGAAGAGAGCGCUGAGCUCGCGGAGGCUGAACAGGGUAGGCAAUGAAACUCUACAGCAUGCAGUGACCAAGGCUGCGAACACGGUGAUCAGCGAGAGGGGCUUGGAAGUUUUGAGGCAGGAAGUGGCUGACUCCGAGUCUCAGGCUGACCACCUGCUCCACCUGCCUCCCUGCAAUGCUGACGCAGAGAAACCCGAGGAUGUCUACGAUUUCGACGAGCUUCUGAGUCCCGCUGAGUUUGAAGCUCUUGAACAAGCUGGAUCAAAGCUGCUGUCACUCACCCCUGAAGAGCUGCAGAAGAUGAAGGAUGAACGAAAUUGCCUCAGUGUUGUGGCCCACUUGGAGAACCUCCCCACAGCCACUAAAGCCCAGGAGAGAAUAUCCCGCUGUUCCUUUUACCUGUCUCUGCUGCUCAAACUGUCGCGACAGAAAAGCAUUAGCCGCAAAUUCGGUCAGGAGGAGGGCUGCCCUCGCAUCAUCCAGAACAAAAUUCUAAGGAAUUUCACCGUGGAAUCCUUUAAGAAUGGAAGAGUCCAGAACAUGGUGUCUUCCACAAUGCAGUCCAAGUUGGCAACGUUCUGUCUGGCUCUCUUGCUGCACAUGGGUCACAUGACUGCAGAUCUCACCUUACUGCACUGUGACUUGGGAAUCAGCGAGACCAAGCUAGUUGAAAUGGCGAAAUCAAUGGGCCUGACUCUCAACAAAAUGUCUCACAAAACAGGAGAGGAAAGGCUGGCAGAACACAGGACGGCCUCACUAGUUUUACCUCUGCUUAAAUACGACCAUUUCAAGGAGGGACGAAAACGCAAAAAGAUGUCCUAGAGGAACUUGUGGUUCUGUAAAGAAAGACAAAGUUGAAUCACACCUUUAUUAAAGAAAUAAAAAGGUGACACAUCUGGAGGUUCUUCACCCAAUAAAGCUACCAACAUUCAAAUGACAGGACUCUCAGCAAAGCAGUGAAACAUCCACGCUUAUCUGUACACGUCACAUAUUGCACACUGACACUAUUCCACUGAGUAUGUGCGGUUUUGGAAUAAAUAUGCUGAAAUUCCUCCAUUAAAA